GUGCAUAAUGCAGCUAGCAAGUUUUACAACCGUUUCAUCUGUCAGAUGUGAUCGUGCAGUCGUUUGGCGAGCAAGUUUAUAUUCGCGAAAUUCGAUUUAUCACGGUCACCUUCCGAAUACGAUGUUUGACUUCAUGAGUCUACGCAAUUCCAACUACAAAAACGACUUUAGGUACACUGUGCAGAUUCACAAGUUCAUUCUAGGACUGAUUGGUGUGUGGCCGGUUCUGGAGCAAUCCUGGCACCGGAAGAGACUGCUAAAGAGACUUCUCAACUGCGUGUGCUACUUCCUGCUGUCUUUCAGUCUGAUACCAUGGGCUUUGUGUAUGUUUCUGAUCAUUGACACGUUCAAGGCCAGGCUGAAGAUGUGCGGUGCAUUCUGUCUCUAUACUAUGGCGCCGGCUGUGUAUUGCACGCUCGUCUACCAAGAGGAUCGUAUCAAAGAAUGCCUGAGACACGUUGAAGAGGAUUGGCGAAAUGUCAGAGACGUGAACGACCGCAAGAUCAUGUUGGACAAAGCCAAAGCGGGACGUUUCAUCCUCAUUACUACUACUCUGUUCUUGUUUACUUGCGGCUUUACUUACCGUCUAAUUCAGCCGAUAGCCAGGGGCAACAUUAUCGUCAACGAGAACCUCACGAUCAGGCAAUUGGUGCAGGGAAAUUAUUACAUUUUCUUUGAUCCACAGCAGAGUCCUGCCUACGAGAUUGUGUUCUCUGUCCAAUGUAUGGCCGGUAUCGUCAUUUAUAUGAUUACAGCGAGUGUGUGCGGGAUUACCGCGUUGUUCACCAUGCAUGCUUGCGGACAACUCCAAAUGCUGAUCAGUUGGCUGGAGAAUUUGGCAGACGACGAUGAAAUAUGGAAGAAUCACGUCGCCUCUCGGAGAUUGGCAUCAAUUAUCAUGCAUCACGUAAGGAUAUGUAAAUUUUUACAUCGAAUACAAGAUAUCGUAGGAGAAACGUGUUUUAUCGAAAUUGUCGGAUAUACUUUAAUAUUAUGUCUUCUAGGAUAUUACAUAAUAACGGGCUGGGAACGAAAUGAUGCAAUUUCUAUGUUAACGUAUACUAUAAUGCUCAUAUCCUUUACCUUCAACAUUUUUAUAUUAUGUUACAUUGGAGAAGUUUUAAGCAGUCAGGGGAACAAAUUAAGUACUACUUGCUGUACAGUCAACUGGUAUUGUCUGCCUAACAAGAAAGCUCGUUACUUCAUCUUUGUGAUAGCCAUGGCUAAUUGUCCUAUGAAGAUCAGAGCGAAUAAAUUUAUAGAUCUCUCCUUCAGCAGUUUCGGCGCGGUUAUCAGGACUGCAAUGGCAUAUUUCAAUUUGCUCCGAACGGUCACUAUGUAAUCGCACAAAUUACAUUAAAUAUAUAGAAAAAAUUUUUAUUAUGUUCUAUAUAAUAGUCAUUCGUUACUUAAGAUUGUAAAUAUCAUCCAUCUACAAAUCCAAUUUAGUUGUUAUAUCUCACGGAUUCUCACCUAGUGCCGCAAAACGUCGAUAUUUCUCCACUACAUCAGAAAACGUAAUUCAAAAUUUAAUUGCAUGUAUUCAAUCCAGAUAUUCAAGACAGUACUUGAGUCGUA